UGUAGUUUUAAAGCAAAGAAAUGCUUUUUAACUUCUGUGAUCCUCGUUUAAGACCAGAAAUUCAGUGUAGUACUAUUAACACUGAAGGAUACGAAGUUAGCAAUUUAAUAAAUGAUUCCGAUAAAGGAUUUUUAGCAUAUGCUUGUAUUAAGCCUCCUAUAAAUAUCGAUAUUACUUUUUUAUGUAAUGUAUGUAUCAAUCAUAUUUUAAUUUGGCCACAAGUUGGUUCUCAAAAGUCAUCAGGUUUUCAAUUGUAUGCCAAAACAAGUAAUGAUACCAGUGUACCUUAUGCUUUAUUAGCCACUGGAUUUUUAGACUCUACAAAUGCUGGAUUAUUAUUUUAUCCAUCAACAAUUAACCAUGAAACUAUUUCUGCACCAUCAAAUUUUUUAAGACGUUAUAUAAAACCCUCUUUGCAUUACUUAACAACGUACAUAAAUAGUUUAAGAAUAUGCAUAUGUAAAACAGAAAAUUCUGUACCUGCAUUAGGUAAGAUUGAGGUAUGGGGAACAGUAUCACCACGUUGCGGGAAAGAUACUGCAGCCAGUAUUCUUAUUCUGUGGUCCAAACAACAAUCUUGUUUAGUUCAAUCUGUGGAAAAGUCUGAAAAUACAGAUUCACUUGUUACUGCCACACAUGAUAAAGAAAUAUUGGAAUCAAAUUUACAAGUUCCAGAAUGUUUCUUAGAUGCUAUUACUUAUGAUAUUAUGACACAACCAAUUCUGUUGCCAAGUGGAAAAAUAAUUGAUCAAAGUACAUUAUUAAAACAUGAGGAAACUGAAGCAAUAUGGGGAAGAAGAUUGACAGAUCCAUUUACUGGCUUACCAUUUAGUGAAGAGCGUAAACCUGUUAUAGCUACUGCUUUAAAAAUAAGAAUAGAUAAAUUUUUACUCGAAAAUAGCAAUGUAGAGGAAAUUAAGAAAUUACCAAGAGUGUUAGGUCGUGCAUUGCCUUCAGAUGUAACAAAUGAAAAAAUAGCAGAAGUUCCUAAAUAUUUGUUAAAAAGAAAUAUAAUUAAAUCUUCAAACAAUAACAAACCAAAAUUACAGUGUUCUGUAAUAAGCACACAAGCAAACAAGAAAGUUUGUCAUAAAUUACCAGUUGUUAUAACAUCUAAAAAACGAACUAUUCCUGCUGUACCUAAGUCGGCAAAGAAAAAAUUGACUGCCAAUUCUUGCGUAUCUGUAUCUAAAAAUUCUGAAGAUAAAAAGAAGAGUAAUUCUACUGAUUCAAUGGAUUUAACAGUUAACAAUGAAAAAGAUUUUAAUAUUAAUAUAGAUGUACCUAAUUUAAAGCGUUUUAAUAACAUUCCAAAGAGAAAUGAGCCAAGUCCAAAAUUAACAACUUGUUCCUGUUGUCCUAAUGGCAUUUUUUAUGAGCUUCCAUGCAAACAUAUUUUAUGUAGGAAAGUCUUAACAUCUAUUAAGAAUAAUCAAUGUACAUCUUGUGAAACACCUUACAAGAAUAACGAGAUAAAACGAAUUUAUGAAUAA